AUGCGUUUUGCUGUUUGUACUGCUGUAGUUGUUACCAGUGCCGUUGCUGUGGCCACUGCCACUGAGGAUGCUUGCUCACAGAUGUGCUCGGAGGUCGAUGGAUGCCGCGGGUCCAAGUAUGGUUCAUACUGCAAGGGUUGGAUGACACCUUCUAUUUGCUUCGGUCUCGUCAGAAGAACUGACGGCUCCUAUUGCUUCCAGCCUG